CAUGUUGAUCCGGCCGGAUGUAGCGGCAACAAUACAAAUAGAUAUAGAUUCCAGGAAAAUAGGUAUUUGUUAUUCUGCUUUUCUUGUUGUCUCGCCAGAUUAGUUUCAAUCAAGAAACUUGCCGAUCGCCAGCAGUCUCCGGUGACGACGUCGGCAACGACGCACCCGACGGGGUCUCCGAUCACGAUGUCGGCAGCGACGGACCCGACGGGGUCUCCGAUCACGACGUCUGCAGCGACGCACCCGACGAGGUCUCCGAUGACGACGUCGGCAGUGAACCAUCCGACGGGGGAUUCUUCAGCGGCACGGUCUAGGGCCAGUAAGACUUCGAAGGAUGAUAGCACUUGCACCGUUUCAGAUGACCCCGUCGUUACGGGUGUUAUCGAUGCUUUCCAAUCUCCACCGAUUCUUCAAAAAACUGCGGUCACUGGAUUGCAAACACAGAUUUUGCUUUCACUGGGGGACCUUUCGAGCCAAAUUUGUGAAACGCAAAAGAUGUUGAUAAAGAUGGCCCAUGAUAACACUGAAUUUCAGGAAAAUAUGAAUGAUAGAAUGACAAACGUUGAACACAUUCAACAGCUACAAUUACAGCAAGUCACGGAUAUAACGCAUGGAGAACAACAUUUUCCAAGGAAAAGAUACAUCGAGGUCGAGUAUCCUAGCACUAUAGGAAAGAGGGUUCGAGGAGUCAAUGGUAGGGCCGUUGUAAGUAACAAGAAAUUUGAUUGUUACAAAAGAUGCUUGGUAGACGGUAACGAUGACUUCGAUUUUGUUUGCACUACGGACGAAACACGCAUUGCGUUGCGUAUAUUGUGUGCAAAGCCUACUGAGACGAUAAUCCAUAUUGAUGACGUCGUUUUGACGAAGGCCGAUUUGGUAUGUCUUGUACAGACUUAUCCGUAUGACAAUUAUGAAAAAAACAUUAGCACAAAGAUCAUUAAGGCGUUUGUCAAGCAUUUUGGACAAAGUAGAUCAAUUAAACGACAUAAACAUAUGUACCAUGCCUACUUAGAGACCCCGUCAGUUGUGUCAAUGCUUAUCAAGUAUGGCUAUUAUGAUGGUGUUGAGCUAGGAAACACUGAUGAAAAUAUGUACAAAUCCGCUGGAGUCAGCUAUGUGAAUAAUGAUAUGAUUUUUCUACCAAUAAGAACUUCAAUAGACCAUUGGUACGUAGCGGUUCUGGACUGUACCAGAAAGGAGGUGUGUGUCCUUGACUCAAUGGACACGACUGAAGAUGACUUGAAAGAACUUAAGUUUCUGAUGAAAGGCAUCCGCAAAUGUGUCCGACUUGUCCUCGAUGAUAAAAUAGUAGAGAACCCUCUGUGGGACGAUUACAAUGUUCAAGCUUGGAAAAUCAGGAUUAGAUAUAACUUGCCUAACAAAAAAGACAGGACAUCCAGUGGGCUUUACUCAAUCAAGUUCAUGGAGUUAUGGACAGGAGAUUCGCUAAGCAAACAAUUUUAUCAGGAAGACAUAGACAGCUACAGGAGAAAACUUGCAGCAAUCUUGUACAUGUCUCCGUCAAACAAGCUUCGAAACAAUAUCUGUUCUACCUCAAACGGAAAUGGUACUGAUGGAGGAACUAGGGCGGCAGACGUAUGAUUGAAUAAGAGUUCUUUACGGUUUUGAUAAUUUCAGCUCAAUGAAGACAUAUUGAACAUGUCAGAAAUUCAUGGUGACUAAUAAUAACUGAGGCAUUGUGUUCGAUUAAUUAUUGUCAUAUACAGCUACAAUUUUUUCCCUGAAAUUAAUUGCACUGUUUUGGCUUGGUGCUGUUCAAGACGA